AAUAAGAAUCUGGAUUGUUGUUGGCACUUAUAAGAGGUACUGGAGGCUGCUUUUGACCACACAUCUCCCUUGAUCUGCUGCGUGUGAAGGUCGGUCUUCAUCAUCAGUUCAUCAUAUGAGAUGGAGCUGAGGUCAAGCUUCCAUGCUGUCUUCUUGCUCUUCCUUCUCGUAUCUGCAGCUUCAACCCCUACUUGUACCUCCACAGGGAGGUUGCUUGGACAAGAGGCGAUGGAGGAUGUGUAUGAGAUCGACUACAGAGGGCCAGAGACUCAUUCUUCCUCCUUCCCUCCGCCGAGCCACUCUCACCACGACAUCCCGUGGAUUCACCGCAAGAGCGCAGGAGAGCCCACUCAUGAGCCCAAGAAGACCUUGAGCACGAAACAUAAGGUCCGGAAAAUUCACGGUUGAUGGACAAUGGAGGGUGGGAAGUUGGGUCUUCAUUGAUUUCUGCUAAAAAGUAUAGACGACAAGUUGGCGUGCCUGCAUUAAUUCUUUAAAGUGUUCCUGUUAAGAGAUGUAAAGAGUGAGAAGAAAGUUGAGUGAAUUUAAUUUAAAUUUUUAUUGAUUAUAUCCAAAUCGUAUUUCCAUUUUGGAAUAUAUAUCUCCCCAGCUGUAUCAAGAUCUGAUGGUGUGCAACUCUUUUUGGAGAUUAAAUCGUGCAUAUAUGGUGUGAUGGGUAACAAGUUCUCUUGUAAUUAUAAGAAUUAUGAAUCUAAGAAUUGCAGUUUAUUCGUUUGUAA